GCAUGGUACGGUGCUCCUGUUAGUUUCAAAGUUCACAUAUGAACUUCUUUUUACACUGCACAUGUGGUUAAUGAAUGAAGCCUGAAUGAAAGAGGAAAUUAAGAGAAAAUAAGUGACAGGUUUGCGGAUAAAAGCAGAGACAAUGGCAGACAGCAAUGAGAUGACCAUCAACCUCGUUGUCCUUGGAAAACCUCAGAGUGGCAAAAGUGCUGCUGGGAACAGCCUGUUGGGCAGCUCAGACUUCAAGAGCCAUCUCUCCCCCAGCUCUGUGACUACAUGCUGUAGCCUCGGACGCAGCGGACGCAUUUUGGGGCUCAUACGGAGAAAUGGCUGUGAGUCAGCUCUCCGUGUUCAAGUACUGGACACUCCAAGCUACCCUCACAGUGCUCUGAGCAAAGAGCAAGUGAGGGACAUGGUGACAGCAGCCCUGGCUCAGCAUUUUGGAGAGGAAGGCCUGCACUUGGCUCUCUUGGUCCUGAGGGCUGACCUGCCUCUGUGUCCAAAUGAAAGCAACGACACAGUUCAGCUCAUCCAGGAACUUCUGGGUCCCACAUGGAAGGAUUUCACUGCAGUUCUACUUACUCAUGCAGACAAGGCAGAAGAGGCCGGAUACAGUGAGGAAACGUACUUGCAUAAUGCUUCAAGUACCCUGUUGUCACUUUUGAGUUCAGUACAGCAUAAAUAUAUUUUCCUAGACAACCAAAACAGCAUAAUCAAAGAGGAAAGAAAUAUUGUCUUAAGAAAGCUCUUGAAUUUUAUUCAAAAAAAUAAUUAUCAAGUACUACUUAAACACAGCAAGGAAUAAAAUUAGCUUUAAGGUGCUCACCUGUCUAUUUUCUAUGGUAGGUAACAUCUAACAGAAAUAAAACAGUAAAAGCCGUCAACUGCGAAACUCCACAUCCAUAACAAACACCUCUGAACACACAAUUUGAAAUAAGAAUUUGAAAUAAGAAAAAAAGAAAUAUCUCUUUAGAUUAUCAAAUUACUUGCCUUCCACAAAGUACCUCACACUACUGCAUUCAGAAUCCUAGGUUCAAUCCCAAAAUCAGACCAAGCUAGUGCUCCAAAAUCAUGCUCCCAAUUUGUGUGUAGUUACAAAUGAGAUUUUGCACUACACCAGACUGUAUAUCCCAGUUCACACAGAAUACAGAUCUGAAAGAAUAAGAUUUAAAAAUAAUUUUAAAAGAAAAAAAAAAAGAAAAAAAAACAUUAAAAAUGUGCGAGUUCAGAAUCAGGGGGCCUCUUUGCUCAAUUCUUCAAGCUUUCAGAAGUUCCUCUGAACUUCCAUUUCUAAAAAGAGCUCCCUGGUACUAAAAGCUAAGAUAUAUCUACUGUAAAAGUAUUUCCCUGCCAUGAUUCAAGAUCAGUUAUAACAGUUCUUGAACUACAAGGAUUUUAUUUAUUAAGACAUUAUUGGAUAUACAGUUUACAAGGCAGAUAAAAUGGCUUCCAUGUGCUUAAUGCUAUUCAGCAUAUUUAAAAGAAUUACUUUUGCUCAUUGCCAGAUGCAUGAAAAAUUAACAGUUUACAGGCAUAAACAAAACUCAUUCAAAAAGAAAAUAUGUUCAUCUCCUCUUUAUGCAUGCUCCUUUUAAUUUCAUAUCAUUGUCAUUUUGUUUUCUCUCCACUCACUGGAUGAAGUUCAAAGCCUGCAAAAUUUAGAAAGGCUCAAGUUUGGUUUUAAUUUCAGCAGUUAAAAUAGUAUUUACUGUUUCAAUGGUUUUACAGCAACAAUUUAAUAUUAUAUGCAAAAAUAUCUAAAGUAUCUCUAAAUAGCUACUUAAAAAGGUUAUUGUAAAUUGAUUCAAAAUAUUUAUUUUCAUAUUACUGAAAGUAAGGAAUUAAAAUAAAAUAAUUAAUUUGAGGCUAAUACCUAGCAACAUGACUAUUGGUACAUUACUAUGAAAUAACUCUAACUGUAAAAACUGAAGAAGCUAUUUGUGUAAAAAUCAAAGAACUUUUUGUAUAAAACAUCAUUGCAUAAAAGAACAUUAAAACAAAACCAAAAAAUCAAUUGAUUUUA